UUUUUUCUCUUUCAAUCCUUCUUUCUUCUUCUCUAUCUUUUUUGUUUUUGGGGAGCUAAGCUAAAAUACAUAUAUACAGAGAGAAAUCGCCGAUAUAAAAAAUCCAACUUUUGGUUUCUUCUUUUUUUAGCACCGGCGAAAUCUCUCUCUCUCAUCCUUCUUCUUCUUUCUCUCUUCUCUCUCUCUCUCUCUCUCACUAGUGUUGUUGUUUUACAAUACAGCUUUGGGCUCCUCUCUCUCUCUCUCUCUCUCUCUCUCUCUCUCUUCUACAGAAGAAGAAGCCUUUCCAUUGGUUUUGGUUUCCUCCCCUCCUCAGCUGCUGCGCUCUUUUGAUUUUUUUUUUUGUUUUUUUUUUCGAGGCCUUAUCUCUUUUUUUUUGGGUGACGACGGGAAGGGGGGAGGGGGAAUCUGGAGUUUGGGGGAUUAAAAAGGGAAGGUUACUCUUAUGCGAUUCUUCUGGAUAACUUGAUGCCGCAGGAUCACGCAUCGUGGGAUCGGAAAGAGCUCUUGAGGCAGAGGAAACACGAUAGGCCUGAACCAUCUUCUUUUGAUUCGCCUUUUCGAUGGAGGGAUUCUCCUUCUUCUACUCCUUCUUCUCACCAUGUUCCCCGCGAGUUUUCUCGCUGGGGAUCUGGUGACUUCCGCCGGCCUUCUUCUUCUUCUUCUUCUUCUUGUCAUGGUAAGCAGGGUGGACGGCACCAGUUUGCGGAGGAGAGUAGUCAUGGAUACACAUCUUCUCGGUCCAGUGCCCGUAUUUUUGACAAUGAUUACUAUAGGCCAUCUGCAUCACGUGGAGACUGGAGAUAUACCAGGAAUUGCAGGGAUGAUAGAGUUUCUGUAAGCCAGAAGGAAUGGAAAUGCAAUACAUGGGAGAUGAGCAACGGAUCUUCUAGAAGUUUUGAGAGGCCAUUUGGUAUUAGAAAUGGUCGGAGGUCAGUUGAUGAAAGGCCGCUACACGCUUCUGAUACUCAUACUACUGCCGUGAACUCUUUCGAUCCAACCAACUCUGCUCAUCAGCCGGACCCUAUGGCCUAUACCCCAGUACGGUCACUUAAGUUUAAAAGUGAGCAGAAAUUUUCAGAUCAAAGGCUAUCACUUCCUUCAGAUCCCCAUUCUGACUGUGUUAGCUUGUUUGAACGGCCAUCUUCGGAGAACAAUUAUGGCAAUAAGGUUUGUUCUCCAGCAAAGCAAUGCAACGAUUUGAUGUAUGGUCGAAGGAUAGCUAAUGAUAAUUCAUUAGAUCCCCCAAUCCUCAAUGCAGAGCUGGAGGGGUCUUGGGAACAGCCUCAUCUGAAAGACCCGCAAGAAGAUAAUAGGUUACAUGGUAUCAGUGAUUUAGACGGUGCUAGGAAAUGUGCAAAGGAGAGUGCUCUGGGAGCGAUUGGGAAACUUCCACUGUGGAACAGUUCGGGGAGUUUUGCAUCUCAGAGUUCCGGUUUUAGUCAUUCAAGUAGCUUAAAAAGCUUGGGGGCUGUUGACUCCAGUGAUCGGAAGACUGAGGCUCUUCCUAAAACUGUUACUGUGACUCAAUCUUCUUCAGGAGAUGCUACUGCCUGUGCCACAACUACUCAUCUUUCUGAGGAGAUGAGUUCUAGAAAGAAACAACGUCUCGGGUGGGGUGAGGGCCUUGCAAAAUAUGAGAAAAAGAGAGUUGAUGUUAACACAAAUGAAGAUGGAACAACAUUGUUGGAGAACGGUUCAGAGGAACUGCAUUCUUUGAACAAAAAUAUUGCUGAUAAAAGUCCUACAGCAGCCACUGUUCCAGAUUAUGGUUCACCUACAACUCCAUCCUCUGUAGCUUGCAGUUCAUCACCAGGGUUUGCAGAUAAAUCAUCUGCGAAGGCGGCUAUAGCUGGUUGUGAUGUCAGUGACAUGUGCCGUUCACCUAGUCCCGUGUCUAGUUUUCACCUUGAACAAUUUCCAAUCAAUAUAGAGGAGCUCGAUAACAUCUUAAUGGAACGUUUUGGCUGUUUGCUCAAUGAGUUGCUUUGCACUGAUGAUCCUGGUACAGGGGAUUCCAGUUCUGUCCAAUUGACAUCAAUGAACAGAUUACUUUCCUGGAAAAGUGAAAUUUUGAAAGCUGUGGAGAUGACUGAAUCGGAAAUUGAUCUCCUUGAAAACAAACAUAGGGCACUAAAGCUUGAAGGUGAAAGACACUGCCAUGUUGUUGGACCCAGUUCACACUUUUGUGAGGGAGAUGCAAAUGUGCCCAAGGAGAAGGAAGCUUCUUGUAUUUUAGGUCCUAAGGUAGCAGCUCCCUCUGUUGCUGAAACACUGGUGAGAUCUCCUGUUCAUCAGUCCGGUUUAGCCAAGGUUCCUGUGGAUGUUUUUGAAGAUAAUCCUGGAGAAGUUAAAUCCCUAUCCCAAUCUUUUGCCACUGUCGAAAGCAAUGAAGAUUUACUGCCCAUGACGUCUAUGAAGGCAGCUGCUUCUUCCAAAGAGAUUAACACACCUGCUUUUGUCAGUCAGGAAACUAUUGAGCUCUCUGCUGCUGCUGAUAGCAUGGCCUCCAAUGAGGACUUACUCUGUGCUACGUUGUAUUCUUCCAAUAAGAAAUAUGCCUGUGAAUCUUCUGGAGUAUUCAAUGAAUUGCUUCCAAGAAAUUUCUGUUCGUUUGAUGACUCAAGAUUCCCUAGCAUAUGUCAGACGCAGUUUGAUUCUCAUGUCAAAGAAAAAAUUGCAGAUAGGGUAGAGCUUUUGCGAGCUCGGGAGAAAAUUUUGCUCCUUCAGUUUAAAGCGUUUCAGCUCUCAUGGAAGAAAGAUUUGCAUCAGCUAGCGUCAACAAAGUACCAAUCAAAGUCUAGCAAAAAAACAGAACUAUAUCCGAAUGCAAAAAAUGGAGGAUAUCUGAAGCUUCCCCAACCUGUACGCCUGAGGUUCUCUUCUUCAGCUCCAAGAAGGGAUAGUGUAGUCCCCACAACUGAACUUGUAAGUUAUAUGGAAAAGCUACUUCCGGGUACCCAUCUAAAGCCUAUUAGAGACAUUUUGAGAAUGCCUGCUAUGAUUUUGGAUGAGAAAGAGAGGGUGAUGUCGAGGUUUAUCUCUAGCAAUGGACUGGUUGAAGAUCCAUGUGACGUUGAGAAGGAAAGAACAAUGAUUAAUCCUUGGACCUCAGAGGAGAAAGAGAUAUUUCUCAAAAUGCUAGCAUUGCAUGGGAAGGAUUUCAAGAAGAUUGCUUCAUAUCUUAAACAAAAGACAACUGCGGACUGUAUUGAUUACUACUACAAAAAUCACAAGUCUGAUUGUUUUGGGAAAAUAAAGAAGCAGCGUGCUUAUGGUAAGGAAGGGAAGCAUACCUACAUGUUGGCGCCACGGAAAAAGUGGAAACGUGAAAUGGGGGCUGCCUCUCUUGAUCUUUUAGGGGCUGUCUCCGUUGUAGCAGCAAACGCGGGAAAGGAUGCACCAACAAGGCCGAUCACUUCCAAAAGGAUCACCCUUAGAGGUUGCAGCAGUUCUAAUUCAUUGCAGCACGAUGGAAAUAACUCUGAAGGUUGCUCCUACAGUUUUGAUUUCCCUCGUAAGAGAACUGUUGGUGCAGAUGUUUUAGCUGUUGGUCCUUUGUCAUCAGAGCAAAUAAAUUCUUGUUUAAGGACUUCCGUGAGCUCGAGAGAGAGGUGUAUGGAUCAUCUGAAGUUUAACCCUGUUGUGAAGAAACCUCGGAUAUCUCAUACUCUACAUAAUGAGAACAGCAAUGAAGAAGAUGACUCAUGUUCGGAAGAGAGCUGUGGGGAAACGGGUCCUAUUCAUUGGACAGAUGAUGAGAGGUCUGCCUUUAUACAGGGGUUUUCGUUAUUUGGCAAGAAUUUUGCUUCAAUAUCGAGGUAUGUCGGAUCAAGGUCUCCGGAUCAGUGUAGGGUUUUUUUUAGCAAAGUUCGGAAAUGUCUUGGGUUGGAAUUUAUACAGUCUGGAUCUGGAAAUGUAAGCACAUCUGUAAGUGUUGAUAAUGGCAAUGAGGGUGGUGGAAGCGAUUUGGAAGAUCCUUGUCCUAUAGAGAGUAACUCUGGCAUAUGCACAAAGAUGGAUAUGAAUUCUCCUACAUCACCUUUUAAUAUGAAUCAGGAUGGUGCUAAUCAUUCAGGCUCUGCAAAUGUGAAAGCCGACCUUAGUAGAUCAGAGCAAGAGAAUGGGUUGACAUAUAUGCAAGACGGUAGUAAUCCCGUGAACAAUGCAUAUAUCAAUGGUGGUUUACCGGGUCUAAUUUCAGAAUCUUGCAGAGAUUUGGUAGACAUUAAUACUGUUGAGAGCCAGUCUCAGGCUGCCGGGAAAAGCAAGAGCAAUGACCUACUGUCAAUGGAAAUUGAUGAAGGAGUGUUAACAUCUGUUGCUGUAUAUUCUGAGCCAUUGUAUUGUGGCCUAAGUGUUCUUUCCAAUGUUAUUGUGGAAACCCCUGCAGAAAGCUCACGAAAGGGCUCAGGAGAUCAAGGCUCUGCAAUCCCUAAACUUAGUUCAAAGAAUCAGGAUGGAGUGAUGCAAGCUGCAAAUAAAACCAAAAAUUCUGGCCUUGAACCUGAAAGUGCACCUUCAGGUUUCAAGUACCCUGAGUGUCUGCACCAUGUUCCGAUUGAGGUGUGUACAGAAAACCCUAUAGGUGUCAGUGUACGACGAGGAAAUCCAAAUUGCCAUACAGAGGGCAAAUCUGGACAUUCUCUUGUUGGACAAGCUGUCGAAACACAUGACUUGGGUUGGCAGUCUUCCAAGGACAAUCUGGAAUUCGAUCGGCAACUUCAGGUGAUAGGAGAUGUAAACCCUGAGCAGAAUGGUCAUCUAAAUGCAAACUAUGCGGAAUCUUGUCAAAUUCCCCAGAGAUCAGUCAUCCAAGUUCCGAGCAGGAUAAGUAGGUCAAAAUCUGAUUUGAUUGUGAAAGCCCAACGUACAGGUGAAGGUUUCUCACUCAACAAAUGUACUAGUUCAGCUCCUAAUCCUCUGGCAGUAUCCCAUAAAGAGGGCAGAUCUGGUCAUAGCAGGAGCCAUUCGUUUAGUUUGUCUGAUACUGAGAGACUCGAUAAGAAUGGUGAUGUGAAGCUGUUUGGUACAGUACUUACUGCUGAUGAGAAUGGAAUAAAACAAAAACACAAUCCUUGUGGAAGUGUCAGGUCAUCAUCAACCUUGAGCAGAGACCAUGAUACAAGACAUCAUUGCAUUAAUCAGCAACACCUUCAGAAUGUUCCUAUUACGAGCUACGGUUUUUGGGAUGGCAACAGAAUUCAAACCGGGCUCACAUCUUUGCCGGAGUCAGCCAAGUUGCUUGCAAGUUGCCCUGAAGCAUUUUCCUCGCAUCUUAAGCAGCAAGUUGGUAAAGAGAUUCGGCUGGAUGUUAAUGGUGGUGGAAUUUUGAGCUUUGGGAAGCUUAACGAAGAUAGAGCAGAGGCCUCAAGUGCUAAGGAUGGAGGUAACAUAGGAGGGGUAAAUGGUGUAGCAGAGGCAGCCACGUGAUUUAAAAGCUUCUUAGGGUCAUGAUUAGUUUGUUUUGGAGGAUUGGCAUAUUCUUUGUUUUGUCCAUCCUAUCUGUAUUAUAUCUCUUUUAACAUCUUUUUUUUUUUUUUUAAUUUAGAAUGUCAGUUAAUAUAGGCAACUUUUUUUUUGGGUUCAGCUUAAGUUAGGUGCCUGCAGAAAAAAUUCAUAGCUGAUGUUUGUAUUUGUAAUAUUGCUGAUAAUAACAGAGUCUAAGAGCUAGGCUUAGCUCUCUGUAUGUUUUUCAAGAAGGAUAACACUUGAUGAACAAGCAUGUCUAAUGUUGUACAGUGAAAGAUUAAUUCAACUUAACUUGCAGGA